GGCCCUCCCUGAGGGGAAGACCCUCAACCCCCCCCAGACCUCCGUCCCCACCUUCUCAGUGUUUGUUGCAAGGGCACCGGAGGCGAAGGAAUGGCGUCCAACCCACAUGCAGGUGACGGUGCUGCGGGCUCAGGCCCUCCUGCCCAAGGGAGGCACCGGGCUCAGCAACCCAUACGUGGUCAUCCAGCUGGGGAAGCAGAAGUACAUGACGUCCGUGGUGCCUCGCAACCUGAACCCCGAGUGGCAGGAGGAGUGCGUCCUGCGGCUGCCGGCCCAACUGGACGGGGCCGAGGAGCCCGGGCUCACCCUCAGGGUGAGGCACCGUGCCCAGUGGCGCCCAGACCCGCUCUUGGGCCAGGCCAGCGUGCCCCUUCAACAGCUAUUCCACGACAAAACAAAGAGGAAGAACGAGUGGUUCCGCCUACAAUCCAAAAGUGGGAAGACCAAGAAGACACUAGGGAGCUUGCAGCUUAACAUCCAAUUCAUGGAGAUCUUGGGCCAAAGCACCAGGACUUCCCCGUCCAGUGAAACCUGCGGGUCCCGGUCCUCCUUAAGCCAGCUCCGCUACUGGCUGACGAUCAAGAGGUCCAAGAUGUACAAAGAAGCGUCGCUACUCUUGUCAGGCACGUCGAGCAUGGAGGACAGCGCCAAGGACUCCGAAUCAGAAGAGGUAGCCACGGCGGCCAUCCCGGACUCAUCAGAGUGGACCGUCCAAGAGAGAGUGUCACCUGUCUUUUCGUGCUCCACUCUAGAGAAGGAGAACUCCCAGAACUUGGGGUUCACACUCCACGCCUGCCGAGAGAAAUUCCAGGACUUGAACAACCUCCCCGACCACUCGUGCGAGGCGGCCUACCUCUCGGACUAUUCCUCGGCCUUCGGCUCCUCUCUCCCCGAGAGGCUCCCGGGGGUCCCCGAGGAAGCCUGCAAGAUGAGUCUCCCCCUCCCUCCAAACACACCCAUCCGCUCGGAGAGCUGGAACAAGACCCCGCCGGCCUCCAAAAGGCCAAAGCACCAGGCGCUGCCUCAGCAGGGCAGACUCCCGGCCUCGCUCCCUUCCUAUUUGACCCCUGAGCAUGCAGGCUCAUCUCCCUCCAAAAUGCCCCAAGGAGCCGGCGUCCAGCCUCGGCAGCAGGAGGCUCAAGCCUUCCAGGAAUGCUAUAAUUCCUGCCUCAACUGCUUUGGUCUCUCCAUCAAUGCCUGAGAGCCUCCACUUCUCUGGCCAACUUCUGUUUAAAAAAAAAAUAAAAAAAAAGAUAAAGACUGGCAUAAACACAGUGUGGAUUUUGGCAAA